CUAUCUAGUGGAUGUUUGCCACCCAUCAGUAACACUUAUUUGCCAAACAACAAACCACUCGUCCAUAUCUAGUAGGAUGCUGUGUUUUUGUCCGGGUCCGAUUUCUGGGUGGCGAAGUGCUCUUGUUCUCUCGAGGAUCCAAGCGCUUGCUAUCGCACGCAUCGACGGCCUCGAAAGUAUAAAAGUACCUAGGUCCACUGUACCUUUUUCCUUGCUACCUCUUUUCCUCCGUGAGCCUUCAGCUUCAGGCCUGGGUUUCUUGAGCUGCACCUGCACCGAGCUGUGCGUUCUACGGUGCUGUAUUUGAAAGUUCGCGUAGUCGCUCAGAACUCUAUGCCUCGCGCUGACACAUCUAACGACGACCGCAGGGGCCCUGCGUCCACGAGGUCCAUCGCUCAAGGGCCUUACGGUCGUCCCAGAGAUGCAUCCGCGCGGCAGGUAGCACCCGCACGUCUAGACGGUCUUGAUUUCCCCCUGCAUCGCGACGGUUCUCAUGCACCUAAAAAUUCGAGCAGUACCACUACAUAUCCCGCUCCUCUCAAACAGGACGGUAUAGACCGGCCAGACCUACGACGUGGGCUUCGUAUAGGAUGUCGCAAUCUCUUGAAGCGACUUCGACCUAGCAAUCAACCUAGCAGGGCCUUUCGGGCUUCCCAAAUAGCUACCUCGACGGAGACUCUGACGCGAGUAGACCCGAUUCCGAUUCGCCACCGUCCGCCCGUACUACAUCAUCGAGCGACUCCUCCUCAGCAAAUAGCCGGGGAUCCGAUCUAUCACGCUCGCACACCGCUCGGCUCGCAAUACAAAAUUCCGGUCACCCAUGUCCAUGAUGGUGACCUUUCGAACAUAGCCACAUCUCGAAUCCCUAACUCCACUGCGACCUCGCCAAAAAACCUGGAGCAUGCGCCUCCGUCUCCAGUCUCAUAUCAUCCUGUCGCUUUUCCUCCAACCAGGUCGGAUACCUCCCCCGAGUCUCAGGAUCGACAGAACUUAAUGGACCAUCUCAGAGCGACUGGUUUCGAUGUAGCUGCCGCUCACUUUCAGGGGAAGCUUCGUGUUCCAACCAAUGUACUCGACGCCCACUCUGCGUCUUUGGCCAAUCGAGUUCCUUUACCUCCGACACCACAGGGCCAGACAUCAACCCGUACUCCCCCAAAGCCGUUCGUAUCCCGAUCCAAACCACGCACAUCGGAUGGGAACCCCGCUGUUUUUGCUGGCACCUCCACCUUUAAACCUCGUCCAUCAUCGAAACUGUCGAUAGCUACGCCGUCGCUUUCGAGCUUCUCUGAUCAGGCUCCUUCGUCUUCUGGGAGUAUUAUUGAUCUGAUGGAUUCCAUUGCUGCACCAUAUGGAUUUAGGAAGCAAAUAGAGGUUCUGAACAAACCGUUAGCCACCCUUGCUAAGAGAGUGAUCCCUCUCCUUCUGGCUAACCAAAUACAGCACCCCUCCGACAGGCAAUCCAUCGAACUAUGUCAAGCGUUCGAUGAUGCUCGCUCUGAUAUCACUCAGUCCAUCCGAGUCAUGACUGACUGGGUCGAACGCGCGAGGGAGCCCUAUCCGGAGUUGCCGCCCGACUGCCCACCCAAACUCGCGAAGCUCGACGGACAAUGGUCGAAAAAGCAAGAUAAUACCUGGAAGAGUUUCGAUCAUGUCAGCAACCGCUUGGUCAAGUUCCUUGACAGACUGUGCCGCAUCGAUAAGCGCAACGUGGAGAAGUUGGAGCAGUACGUCUGGACGACGAACAGAUUUUUCCUCAAGCUUCAGCUUGCUCGUCACAUCCGUUACGAACUACGUCUACGGAGCCAUUUUGUCCGGGACAAGAAUCACAAACGCAGUCUGCGGGACCGGGCCAGGGAAACGCCUGGAGAGAAGGAAGCCGACUAUGAGCUCUUCACGCAUCGAUAUAAAAUGCGUAAGACGAAGGAGGUCAUACAGAGGCAGCGGGCGAUGAUCAGGUCCAUACGAAGUGAACUGGAUUAGUUGGAGGGGAUGGUGGUAGAGGUCCAGGUGCUUGUUAUGACUCAUGAGAACUCACGAAUGAGAGACGUCUGUAAAUUAUGACUGGUAGCACACUAUCGUGGAACGUUCAUGCAGGCGACGACAAUGUAACUUACGAUCAU